AUGCGCGCUUCCCACCUCGCUGUCUUCUUGCCUGCCAUUAUGGCACUCAGAGCCUCCGCCAUCGAAGCCCCCAUACCAGGCUACGAAGUCUACGUUCCAGAGUGGGAGGUCCAGGCCACGCCCGAUGGUCCGACUGUCUUGCUGAGCGGCACCGUCGAGGAGGUUGUCGAUCAACUCCAGGAGCUCAACCCCGAGUACGAGGAGCUCCUCAACACGACCAUUGCGCAGUCCGCGGCCUUGGACAAGCGAACCGACUUCUCAGGCUCCAAGGUGGUCUGCGGUAACUUCCCCAAGGCCAACCGCGACAGGUUCUACGCCGGGGUUGGCUACCUCCGCGGCGUCGGAGGCCGACCCUGGAACGCCGCUGGUCCCGGCACCUGCGGCCGUGUCAGCUGCUCGUGGAACUCUGCAAUCUGGUGGUGCAACGAUGCGAAAAGCCGAAAGACGCUCGAUUCGUACUCCUCCAUCGCCGACGGCGCAACGCGCGCGCUUAGCGUCUGCAAAGGAAACCCCCUGGUCAGCGGUCAAGCAUUUCACAAGACCAACUGGAACGUUAUUGUUCGACGCGCCAGUUGUUAA